UCCUUUCUCUUCUUCUCUCUUGUCUCCCCUGCUUUCCUUCCUCCCUUCUCCUUUCCAAGGUCUCCUGCAAUAAGUAAAUCGACAUCUCUAGGAGAUCCCCGUUUGCAAAAUUCCAGAAUCCCACCUCUCUGUAAGUACGUGCUGGACAACGCACAAAUACAUCUCCGUUUUUCCUUCGAAGUGCAAAGGGAUGUAUCUACUAGCCUCAUGGAGACACUUAUCAGUGUGGCCUUGAAAUAAAUUAGUUGCAACAGAGAAAGAUGCACAGGUGUAGUAUGAGGCAAGUGUGACGGAGCCAAGUCCGUUGCUUUGCUGCUGACAGUUGGUCGGUCUACAUUAUUCCAUGAUGUCGGCGGAUUCUGGGGUGCUGCCGAGCGUUUUCCCGCUAGGGUUCCAAGUAGCUUCGCUUUUGAGCUCUGUCACUUUUCAGCUUUUGUCUUCCCUGUCUUUUCUUCUGCACACAAAGAACGCCAGAAAACGCUCGCCGCAAAAAAACGGGGAAACGGCGAGUGACGCCCCGGUGUACGGGCAUCUCCCUGCGAUGGAUUGGGGAAAAAGGAGGUCGGGUCCCGAAUUUUUUUUGACAGGGUUUCCUUAAAUUCAAGGUUCUCCCCUCAAUCCGCCUUUUCGCGGAAGAGUCGAGUUCUCUGCUUGCCACAGAGGCGUCGGCCUGGCGAGUCUCAACUUGCAGCGACCUAGCGAGCGCAGACCGGGGGUCGCACCUGCGAUUUCUUUCCGUGGAAAGCGUUCUUUUGCCUCGUAUGAAACGGAACACCGUCAAAAAAGUAAAAUACGAGUCGGGUGCACGGGAGAAAUAAUUAAUGAAACCUACCCCGUCGGGCCCCGUCCCCUUCCCAUCUAGCGCUCGCGGCUAUCGGGGCUCUGCGCGUUUGAGUUUCGAAUGGUUUCGCUUGUUCAUCUGAAGCAACGUGUUCCUUCAGAGAGGCUUUGCGUUUAUUUGCUUCGACGACUCCCAGAAGGCCGCGCGUUCGGAAAAAGACGCGAAAAAAGCACCAGAGGUCGCUGUCGUCGUGGAAAGCAGACCUUUUUCUUUCAAGGAUUUCUGUGCCCUCUUUUACGCAAACGCCUUCGACUCUGGAGCCCCGCAGCCGAGAAACAGGACAUCUUUCCUGCCGUUUCCUCGAGCUUCGCUUUCUCAGCCCCGAGCGCAGCUGCUGCAGCCUCUGGAACUUUUCCUUGUCACAAUGGAAAACAAGAAACGCCUCGCGUCCCGUGUCGGGACACCCGGCAUCUGCACGGUCGUUCUCAUCGACAAAAGUCAGCGACCCAUCAUGAAUCUCCACAAGGUCCCCCUUUCUGCGACAGUUUGGGCCAUCAAAUCCAAAGUGUCCGAGCGCCUCAAGGAGGUCGGCCGCUCUCUCAGCGCAGAGGUCAUGUUGCUGCAUGUCGAGUCGGGAGGGACUUCUACGGAAAUGACCAAUGACGAAUGCCUGUCGACGUACAACACUCUCGGCAUCUCUCGCUUCACCGUCAUCAUUUCAAGACGAACGAAAGUGGAACUUGAAGUUGUUCUUUCCAGGCCCGAAAAGAAGUGCCUGUGCAUCACAAAGCAGAAGAAAGAACAAGAAGAGUUCCCAGUCAACAUUCCUCUGGGUUACAGUACCCAGCAGUUGCGCCUGUAUAUCACGGAGACGAUGAACUGCGACGUGCAGAAGAAAGAUUUCAAGCUCUUCUAUGACGAAGCGAUGCAGGACGCGUUCCCAGAAGAGGGGACGAUGCGCUCUCUGGGGCUCGCCGACAAGACUCGCCUGCACGCGUUAAUGCCCCCUGGGUUCGACAUUUCGAAGAUCCAGUACCCGGUCCUCGAUGCGAAGAAAGCAGGUGCAGCGCCAACGACAGAGCCAGAGACCCUCACUGAGGCUGCGCCCGCUGCGGUUGCCGGAAGCGAAAAAACUCAACAGGAAAAAGACUUUGAUGCGAGAGCGAAGGGAGGUUCGAUGCCGCAACAAGAUGCCGGCGACUACGCCCGUUCUCUGGGUUUCGCGCCGUCCAACAAAGAGAUCGCGUCGCUCCCAGAGAAAGUUGACUACAAGACCUUCCAAGAUUUCCUCGGCGUUGCGAUGCACCCCGACGACACGCAGGAGUCUUUCCGAUCUUUCUUUAGCUCCUUUGAUACUCAGGCGACAGGGGAUCUCUCGAAAAAACAAGUCUGCAACAUUUUGCAGAUGUGGGGAGAAGAGCCGCUCUCCCCAGCUGAAGCGGCGGCCUUCUGCGAGCUGGCCAUGGGGAAAGAAAACACGAUUUCAAUCACGGUUCUUAUCGACAUGCUUCAAGAAGGAACAGCAUAAUUUUUUUCUCUUGCGUUCCAGUUGUUUUCGCUGUGGGGGGAGAAUGGCGGAGGACGCUCUCUGCAGCGAGCCGCUGCUGUGAAGUGGAAGCAAGUUAGGGAAUCAGCGAAAUCCAAGAAAGACAAAGGCGAAGGGGGAACGCGAAUCAGAAGAACAGAGACAGUGAGCAAAACAAGCAAGCAAAGAGAGGGUAAAUGAGGAAAGGAUAAGGGCUUUUUGUGCCGGUGAGUGGAGGAACGAGAGAGAGGAGAUCGCUGCACCUCCCGAAGGUGUACAGUGUAUCGAGAAGUAGGAUAACAGGCACACAGAGAAGUUGUUUUCCGAUUUUCGUUCUUCCAUUUUCGAGGUAACACGGGCGCUCGUACAUCGUCGCAGUCUCACUUUUGUUUGGUGUCGGGAAGCGCCUUGAAGUUUUUCAGCUGUUUCCUCAGGCAGAUUUUUAAGAAACUCGAGACAUGGACCGCAUUUUCUCGGCAAAGCCGCACUCGAAUCGGCUGCAACAAACCAGAGGCACACCGGUGUAGCUCCGGUUCGCUUUUGCAUGCAUCAUCAGUGUAAGAGACGUUGUACGCUGGAAAUUCAAAGUCUCGAAGGCGCAAAGUUUUCACUUUACUGCCGCCGGGAACGGACCGUCUGCUUCCGGGUCGCCUUCAUGUGCAUCUGAGAGGGGCUGACGAUGAUGCCAGACUCUCUGUUUACACAACUCUAGAAAGCAAAGAGAACGGGCACCCGGCCAACGACCCGUCGCUUCAUUCACUUCACGAGAUUUCUGUUUUCUAAAAGUGGGGAAGAUCCUCAACGUUCUCUUCCGAAAUUGUGUACCUGUGAGAUGCACUCGUCUCUCCAUGAGCGCGUACCACGCCCGCGGUGUGACUGUCCUCGACGCCAACACAAGCGUGGACUCUUCCUUACUGAAAAGGGCGGUGAAAUGGAGCCAGUUUCAGCGCACAGCCAUUUCCUGACAUUCCCCACGUACUCGAGUGUCCAAUUGCGAGGAGCAAGGUUUCAGAACAAUGAGCGUCAAGAUAGCUGAGUCUCGGAG